AUGAUAUUACGAGAUUUAACACUGCAUAAUUAAGAGGAGUAAAAAGAAGGCUAUAUCUAGACUCCGUAAGAUGAUGAUGAAGAAUCAAGGCUAAUUAAUGAUAAAUGCAAUGUUGACUAGGAAUUAGAUGAUUACUUGAAGCCAAUAACUUAUCAACAAAGAUAAAUAAAAAAUAAAACACUAGUUCCUUCCAAAAAAAAGUAUUUUGAAGAUGUACCCUAAAAUAAUGGCUAAAUUAUUCAAGGUUUUGAGGAAGAUAAUGAUAAUAGUUUAAGUAUUGCUGAGAAAAUGAUAAAACUAGAUUUACUAUUAAUGGGAUUUGAUAUGAAAACCGUUCAUAAUCUACUUAAGUUUGAGAAUGUUACAGACACUAAUUAAGGAGUAGAUUUUCUGAUAAAAGGUCCAAAUGGAUAUACUCACAAAUACUAAUUAGACAUUUUCUCAUAAAAAUGUGCAAUUUGUUAAGAAGUAGCUAUUGAGCAUCAAGAUGAAAAGACAAGAUUAAGUGAACUAAGAAUGCAAAUUCUAAACGUUAAUUAAAAUAUCGCUUAUCAUAUUGUAGCGAAUACUAAUUUAAAUGAUAAUCCAAUAACAUAUUUACAAUAGAGAAGGUCUAUUCCACCUAUUAAUUAAAGACAAGUAUCAAGAUAAUCAAUCGAUCUUUAAAACUUUGGGGCUCAUUUCCAUCUUCCUAGUUAAGAAUUUAAGCCAGCACCUAUAGAACCUGUUUAAAGAGCUUAACCAAUUGAUUUUGGUGGAGUAAUGUGUGAGAUAUGCUAUAUGAAUUAUAUGGAAACUGAUAUGUAUGGUAUUAUUUGUAAUCAUAAGUUCUGUCUUAACUGUCUUUACGACUACCUUGAAUUUAACGUAACUAAUGGCUAAGUAAUGAAAGUUAAAUGCCCUUAGAAUACUUGUAAAGAAGAAUUCACUAGAGAAGAUAUAAGAAAGUUUGGAAGUUAAGAGAUUUACAUGAAGUACUUAAAGUUUAAGGAAAAUAUUGAUGUAAAUUUGAAUCCUAAUCUAAAAUGGUGCCCAAAACCUAACUGUAAUCAUUAUAUCUAGAAAAAUAAAAAGAGCAGAAAAGUUAAAUGUGAAUGUGGUAUGGAAAUUUGUUUUGAUUGUGGCAUAGAAUGGCAUGGUAAGAUAAAAUGUAAAGAAGCAAUGGAUAAAGAAUUUUUCGGUUGGGCAGCUAAUAAUGGCAAUAUAAGUAACUGCCCUAAAUGUAAAGUUAGAUUAGAGAAAAUUGCAGGGUGCAAUCAUAUGACUUGUCGAUAGUGUGGAUAUAGUUGGUGCUGGCUUUGCGGGAAAAAAUAUACAAGCAAUCAUUAUAGCAUCAUCAAUGUAUUUGGUUGCCCUGGCCAACAGUAUUUCACUUAUCACAGAAUCUGGGUAAUUCUUUUGAAUAUCUUGAUAUUUGCUGGUAUUCCUUUAAUCAUUCUACUAGCACCACCAGUUUAUUUAAUAGGAAAAUACUUCGAUAACUAUGAUGAUGAUUUUAUAUCCAGAAUUCUAUGCUGUGUUAAAUGUAUCGAUAGAACUUGUAGUAACUGUUUCUGUCAGAUAUUGGUAGCCAUAUUCGUUUUGCCUAUAGUUAUAUCAAUCGGAUUGCUAGUAGGAGCGAUAGCUUUAGCAAUACUAAUAGUCCCAGCUUAUAUAUUUCAGCUUUAUAGAAUACUCAAAUUAGUAUUCUAUAGAUGUAGGUGCUGCCUAAAGUGA